UUGCUUGUCACCUCACAAGCGCCUACCUACCGUGAUAUAAUAGAAGUAUCUCAUGUGUAGAAUUGUAGAAGGCUCUAGAGGUUCAAGAUGGCCGGUCAAUUCCUUUUAACAGGGUUAUUUGCUGCUACGCAGGCAUUUGCCCACACGGCGUCUCCGUAUGAUUAUAUCGUUAUAGGAUCGGGUCCCGGUGGCGCACCGCUUGCGGCCAACUUGGCACGAGCAGGAUAUCCGACGCUGCUCCUCGAAGCAGGCGAUGAUCUAGGAAACAACAAAAACUACUCGGAUAUGAUCAACUUUAACCUCGCGGCUAACGACGAUAAAUCACGAUGGGACUUCUUCGUGAAACAUUCUUCGGACGAGGAGCGCGAGGGUAAAUAUGAGCACAUGACGUGGCGUAAGCCGGAUGGGUCCUUUUACGUCGGCUUGGAACCUCCGGAGGGCUCCGAGCAACUCGGCAUUUAUUAUCCUCGCUCGGCCACUUUAGGGGGUUGCGCAAUGCACAACGGUGGCGUAUGCGCACUGCCCUCCGAUGACGAUUGGGAUGCGAUUGCUGAGAGUACCGGUGAUGAGAGUUGGUUGGCGAAGAACAUGCGGCAAUACUUUGAAAGGAUAGAAACCGCACACUAUGUACCAGCCGAUACUCCUGGGCAUGGGUACAGUGGCUACGUUAACGUGACAAUCAGUGACCCAACAUUUAUGCAGCAAACAUCUGAUGUGCAAGAGAUUGCGGGCAACAUUAUCAAAGCAGUCGGUGGCGAUGUAACACGGGAUAUCAACGCACUUGAUCCCGACAGAGACCUAGCCACGGGCGUCUUCGGUCUCGCCAGUCACGCGGAUCCCAAUGGACACAGGGUUGGGUCCAAUACUUACCUCCGGGCGACGUUAGAUGACCCAGCCGAAUACCCACUGACUGUGCAGCUGCAGAGUCUCGUGACCAAAGUCCUGUUUGCAGAGGAUACCGAGGAGCCCACUGCGAUCGGUGUAGAGCUUAUACGAGGACCCUCCCUGUACAAGGCCGACCCACGUUACAACGGAACCAAAGGGGAAGUCGUCCAGAUAUUUGCCAAUAAAGAAGUUAUUGUUGCCGGCGGAGCCUUCAACUCACCCCAGAUUCUAAAACUCAGUGGCAUUGGCCCUGAAGAAGAGCUUAAAAAGUUUAACAUUCCCGUCGUCAAAGACCUUCCUGGGGUGGGCGAAAAGCUCGCAGAUAACUAUGAAGGUGGCGUGCUCGCACUAGCUAGCAAGCCGUUGAACGGAACAUCGGGCCCAAUCGCGGUGCUGUUGAAGACACCAACAGCGCGCAAGAAUCGUAAUAUUUAUGGGUGGUGUAAAUCCUUCUCAUUCGAGGGGUUCUGGCCUGGAUUCCCGACGGAAUACGGGCCAGCGCAGUAUGAAUGCGCCUUCGUGCACAUGAACUCGCGGUCACAGUCGGGCUACGUACGCCUACGUUCUAGCGACCCUCAGGAGCCACCCGAGAUCAACUUCAACUUCUUUGAGAAUGGAGAGGACGAGGACCUCACAGAGAUGCUAGAUGCGGCGAAAAUAUUCCGAGAGGCCAUUACUUCCGUGGGUGAGCCCAUUGGCCCUUUCAACGAGAAGCAUCCAUGUCCCGGGACGAAUCAGAAUUGUACUGACGAGGCGCAAAAGGAGUUCCUCAAGCUGCAAACAUACUCGCACCACGCGGCGAGCACGUGUGGAAUCGGCCCUGCAGACGAUGAGAUGGCGGUCUUGGACUCCAAGUUCAGAGUCCAUGGUGUAAAAAACCUGCGCGUGGUUGAUGCAUCUUCUUUCCCUGCCGCGAUUGGUGCGUUCCCGGUCUGUCCUGUUUUCAUGAUUGCUGAGAAAGCGACGGAUGAUAUUUUGGGGGACGCUAAGGCAGGCUAGAUAGAUGAUAUAGAAUUAAUUAGAAGAGGCCUAAAGUUGGUCAGUGAAAUGAUGGAAUAUUACGGCCAGUUGAGCCAUUAUGCAUAUAUAUGAGGGAUACAUGUAUG